AGUAUAUAGUUUACAGUUGCCCGGGGAUUAUUAAGAUCGUCUUGUCUUACUGGAAUGCUUCCUCUCACCAACUCCGUCAUCAACAAGUGUCUCACGCACCCCCGGAGCCCUUUCAUUUGCAAAUGCACACGCACAGAAUGAAGCUUUUUGCCAUUCCCAUUGGUUCAUGCCUGACUGCACGAGAAUAGGAGAACUUUGGGAGUGAACAGACAGAUGAGUUCAGUGUGUGAGCUGGCUGUCUGACAACAAGUGGUUUUCCGUAAACUCUUUCACUGCACUGAAACCGCAAAACUUUACUGUGAAAGUGUAUCUCAGUGCUAGUUUAAUGACUGCCUCGAGAGACUUUUAAUUUAAGAAAGGGGGGGCAGGUUGUCCGCUGCAGUCUCACGGGUGUGUCGUGCGUAAGCCCCGGGGAAACGUGUAACUAAACCUGGCCAAAAGUCGCCAGAUUGACGGCGACGAAGGCUCCUGAGUGCUCGAUCGUUUAUUUGUAACUCAACUUUCCUACUUUUCCCAGCAUGUACAGCAUGAUGGAACACGAGCUGAAGCCGACUGGCCAGCCCCCUUCUCAUCAGACCUCCCAGGGAAUGUCACCGGUCACCGGCACCAUGACCGGGAGCAUGGGCAGCAAUGGAAACUCUCACCCGAGCUCUAAAACGGCAUGCGCACCUGGAGCCGACCCCAUGGAUAAAGUCAAGCGGCCCAUGAACGCUUUCAUGGUCUGGUCCAGGGGGCAGAGGCGCAAGAUGGCACAAGAAAACCCGAAAAUGCACAACUCUGAAAUCAGCAAGCGGCUGGGGGCCGAGUGGAAACUUCUGAACGAUGCUGAGAAGCGGCCUUUCAUUGACGAGGCCAAGCGGCUCCGUGCGGUCCAUAUGAAGGAGUACCCUGACUACAAGUACAAGCCACGACGCAAGACAAAGCCUUUACUCAAAAAAGACACUCAGGUAGGCAAGUACCCACUGACAGCGGGAAACCUGCUGGUGGCAGCGGCACAGAGCCAAGGUGGGAGCCCCAGGAUGGAGAGCUAUGGCUGGGGCCCCACCGGAGGAUACGCCGGCAUGCAGGGCGAGGCACUGGGCUACACACAGCAGCUCCACCGGUAUGAGCUGUCAGCUCUCCAGUACCCACCUGCAAUGACGGCGCCGCAGACGUACAUGAACGGGGCCAACUCAUACAGCCCCAUGUCAUACAGCAGCAGUCCACAGCAGCCCAGCCCUGUCACUAUGUCCAUGGUGAAAUCAGAACCGGUGUCCCACUCUCCUCCCACGGGAACACCAAACCACCAUCGGGGGGCUUUGCAGGGUGACCUCAGAGACAUGAUCAGCAUGUACAUUCCUGGACCGGGAGGAGAUGCCAGCGACCCUUCGACAGCACAGAGGGGCUACACCAGUGUGCAGCAGCACUACCUCACUGGAACUGUUCCUCUCACACACAUCUAGGACUGACGAACGGUUCACGAGCAGCUAGAGAGGAGAUGGAAUCGGGUGUGGAGUACUUCAGAAUGUCAGCAUAAAGAAGUUGUGAAGUUUUUGAUGAUGUGUCUGCAGUACGAAAAGUAUCCGAAUGUACUCUUUGGUGCCACGACGCAUCCAGGCCACACACGCAGCGCUGAGACUCCACCCACCACCCUGCCACAGACGUCUCUCACUGAAUGUCUGGAGUGAAGCCGGGGUGUCUGUUGUACAUAACAUGUAAUAUUUUCUAGUGUUUUGUGUAUUAUAGAACUUGUGUUUUAGAACCACCCUAAAUACUUGCGAUACUGGCUUUCAUUAUGGUUCCAGCACAGUCAGUGCUGGUUGGACUGGUUCCCGUGGCCACGUCUUCGAAUGGCGACUGUCACUUUCUGCCAUCUGAAAUCAUGUGAUAGCCACAUCACCUGAGCUGCUGGCCGUUCGUUAGUGCUGCUGUGACGCGUCAGCAGGAAACUCGAGAAUGAAAUGCACAACUUGAAUAACAGAGCUUUUUAAAAUCUAACUCUUUGCCAUGUGGCUUUGGUUUAGUAGCCUUGUGUUAGAUCUGGACUUCUACUCUUCAGUUACAUUUGAAUGAAAUGAAACAAACUUCUGUUGGACAAUCACCACCGUGUCUACGAGGAAAAGGACUGGCUUUGUGCAGUAGUACCUCCUACAUGCAGUAAUACAAGCAGCCUCAGUCAGAAUCACACUUUCGGCUCUAAGAUCUGACUGUGUUCACUGUGUGCAGGUGUUUUAUUUGCUAUAAUUUAGUUUUAGGACAUUUUCAUGUUUCGAUGCAUCGAUCUGAACUGAGCAUGCUGAAUUUAUAUUCAUGUCCUCUUGCGCUAGGCAGGUGUAGUAUUACUUUUUCUAUGCUUUUAAAUAAUUGAAAGGAUUUUUAUGUGAACUGCUAGAUUUUCAGUUGGUCUUUCAAAUGUCUCCAUACAAGGACGCUGGAUUGGAAAAAGACCAGAGUUGUUUUUAAAUGAACUGUCAGUUGUAUUUUUAUAACUUUUAAAGAGAAUGGAUGCGUGUUCCUGAUUAAACCUCAGAAAACCUUUAUUCUUGUUUCUAAACUUUUUGCAGUAACAAACGUUGAGAUAAUGCUAAUUUCUUUUUUAAGUUUAGUCCUGGUUGGAUUCAAAGUGUGAUCUUCAAACACAAGCGGGACAUGUCAGUCACGUACUGUGAUAUAAUUCUGUUCUAGUCAUCAUAGCUGAACUAUGUCCAGCAUUCGGGGUUUAACCUGCCCAGUGUCAUGUGUAAGUUACCGUAGGCAGCAUUUAUGCAAACAGUAUGUAUAUGAAGCUCUUAGACUAAGAGUCUGAUUCCUUUUUGAUGGAAAAGAUUUGUGGCUUUCAUAACAACAUUAAUAAAUUAGGUAUAUGCCAA